GGAAAUGAUAGAUUCGGGAAUUGUAAUUCAUUUUAGAGUAGUUUAGUUCGUUUUCAGUUUUGGAAGUAGAUGAAGCUAAAAGAUAACUUUUACAUACUUUUGGAUGUGGAAUUUUUAAACGAAUCAACACAUUCCUAUACCGAGGAGACGCUAUUCUUAGAGACACAGGAUUACGAGCUUCAUUUGAGUGAAUUGGAAGAAGAAGCAGACGAAGAAGAAAAUGCCGACGAAGACAAUGAUGGAGAGGAUCUGGACGAUAAAGACAAUCCCGACAUUGGUCAGAUGAACGGUGAAGAAUGUCAUCAAUCAAUACGGCGGCUGUUAAGAAUCCUAAAUGCGAAAACGGAUCUCAAUUUGCCCACCAAAGAUCCCCCCACUUUAUUGGGCACCCUUCGUAACCGUGCAACGAUGUCUAAUAUUGGAGAAGGAAAAUGUUGGUACCACGGAAUUAGUCAUGCUUUAACGAAGGAGCUACAAAAAUAUACAAACGUACCAGAUCAUCUUCAUUACGACAUUAAUAUAGACGGCCUCCCUCUGCAGAAAAGGUCAAAAACGCAUAUUGUUGAAGAUAGUAGAAGAGCCAUUUGUGCCUGUACUAAUCGUCGGAAGCUAUUGCGGUGAAUCGAAGCCGUAAAGCAAUGAGCCGUUCCGACGUUCGUUGGUUGAGAAGAUAAAUUCUUUGCAAACAACGGGUCUGCAGUUGAAUGAUGCCACAGUAAAGGUAUCUGAAGAAUUCGCGGAGUUGCGGAUAGAUGUGUGUUGCAAUAGCUAUCAAACGUCGUAUUCAGAUUCGAAAUUCGAAGAGAGUUAUAAUUAUGUUUUCUGCCCUAUUUAUAAACUUUCUUAUGAUUGUCCCCCACGCGAGCGACACUAAUCCCUACUCACUGUAUCCUUGAAAUAUUUCAUGCAUCAUAAACUUGACGAAACUAGCUUUCGUCAAGUAGAUUUGACGUCUAAGCGUAAACAUACUCCCCCCAUGACAGAAUGUUAUAACAAAAUAACUAAUACGCGGUACGAACAGGACGGAUUCGCAACAGGUAAAACGCAAAUUUUCGUAACAGGACGC